AUGGUUUCUGCCCUAAUCAAGACUAUAUCAUCCUACAUUGAAAAGAUUUGCAAAGGAAUGUUUACAAAGAAAUUGGCAAACCCAAUAAAGAAGAAAGAGAGAAGCGAAAAUAAAGAGCCUAAAUUGACCACUGAUUUGCAAGCACACAAUCUAACACUCUCUACUACACUGAAGACUACAGUGAAAAAGAUUUCCAAAUGCUCUUCGGCACGUAACAUAUCGCUUGAAGAAGACGACGGAAAGAACGACUGCUCAUCCCUGUCACCCACUUUCAGUUAUCGCGUAGCUAUAGCAAAUGGACUCCCCAAAAAUUCUGUUUUUUUGAAUAAUAAUGAAAGCAUCUUUCCUGAGGUUCUUUCCAUUGAUAGUAGUUACUCUGACUCCUUGAGUGAGACAAAACCUGUCCGGAGACUGGAUGAGCAUAAAUCUCACACUAUGCCAGUAAGACGAAACAGGAAGAGCCUCAUCAGUUUGGCUCCCUCUGAUGGCAGUUCUGAGGGUGAACGAGUGGAACGUUCCAGUCUCCACACACUCAGACUGGGUGCUCUGCGCAAGUUAAGAAAAUGGAAAAAGAGUCAGGAAUGUGUCUCCUCAGACUCCGAGGUGAGCAACUGGAGGAAAACCCUGGGCAUCCGGAGCAAGUCCUUGGACCGUGCUGGGCGUCAGCAAAAGAGUUCAACCCUGGAGCCUGGCUCCUCCUCCACAGGGUGCAUCAGUCAGACCCAGGAUGUCAUGGAGAUGAUCUUUAAGGAGCUUCAGGGGAUCAGCCAGAUAGAGACAGAACUAUCUGAGCUGCGUGGUCAUGUAAAUGCCCUAAAAAGCUCCAUUGAUGAGAUCUCCAGUAGUGUGGAAGUAGUUCAGAGUGAGAUUGAGCAGCUUCGCUCAGGAUUUGUCCAGUCUAGAAGGGAAACACGCGACAUCCAUGAUUACAUAAAACAAAUCAGCCACCAGGCCAAUAAUUCCACCUUGCGGUUCCUCAAUGUUCCUGAAGAAAGGUCGGAAAAAACAGAAAGUCUAAUAUACAAGAUACUAAAAGACAAAAUGGGUUUUAUCGAUGCCCAUAAAACUAUAAAAAUUGAGCUUGCUCAUAGGUUAGGCCAACAAAGAGAAUGUUCUAAUGCAAAACCCCGCCCUAUUAUUGUCAUUUUUGCUACAACCCAAGAUAGGGAUUUAGUCUUGAAAAAAUGCUAUAAACUUAAAGGAACAGGAAUUACAGUCUCUACCGAUAGCUUAACUCAUGAUGGAAAGGAGAGAAAAGACAAAACAAUGUCUUCCUCACAAACCUAUGAAAGCAUGGAUCUAAAGGUCUCAGGAAAGGAUAAAGUAGUGGAGAGCGAUGACUGGGACUCAAUGGACAGUGAUAAAGAAUUAGAUGAAUUAAGCAGAAAUAAAUAUGCAAUGGUGAUUUCAAAGCCUGUUCACAAGAGUAAAUCAGAGAAGAGACGAUCCCAUGACCACAGCCGGUCAGGAGAAGAAGCAGGCUACUCAGGCGCAGUUCACUAUGCUGAUGACUCUUAUUAUGACCCAGACAAGCAUGCCAAGGCUUACUACUCUGAUUUGACCCCUGGCUGGCUUUCCCAGAGCGACUACUCCACCCCUAAACUUAGCCGCUCUGAGUCUGAUUGCUCAAAACUUUGCCAAUCAUACUCAGAAGACUUUUCAGAGAGCCAGUACUUUACACGGGCUAAUGGCUGCUCCCUGCUGUCCUCCUCAGAUCAGGAACUCUGGCAGAGAAAACAAGAAGACAUGGCCUCCUCCUGGUAUGCUAGCCCCAGUCACCAACUCAGCCAUGAAAAUCAAACCUAUGAACACAAUGAAGUUGAGACAACAGAAACUAUAGACAGUGGGGUGAGCAAUGGACUUGUCUGCAUGUCUGGGGACAGAAGCCACUACAGUGGCUCCCAGCUCUCUCUGCAAGGUGAUCUAUCACCCUGGAAAGACUGGCAUCAUCUGGAGCAGGGUGCUGACUCUGGCUUGGAAGCCUCUAUAGAGGUCAGCAGUCCCUUUGAUCCAUCAACCAUCCCUGGUUUUCCAGAAAAUAUCACUAAAUGUCAGGAGGUUGACUUACAAUUUGAAGGAGAUGAAGAAUUCAUGAAUCUUGACAGAGAAUCUUCUCUACCUGUAACCACCCACAUCAUUCCUCCCAUCACAGAGCGGGAGUCUGUCAUCAAAACAUCUGCUCGACAGUCUAAAGAGGGAUGUAAGGCGAUCACAAAAGAAAGUACGAAAGUAUUGUCUAAAGAUGCCCCCCCUAAAGCUGCUGCGAAAGUGACACAUAAACAAACUAAAUUAGCUUCUAAAGAAGAAACCACCAAAAUGUUGCCAAAGGAUAGUCCCAAGGUAACUGCUAAGGUUUCACCUAAAGUGACCUCUAAAGCAGCUCCUAAGGAGUCAACUAAAGAGAUUCACAAAUCAGCAGCUAAAGAAUCCUCUCAGGCCCUCCCUAAAGACAGCCCUAGACUAACACCUAAAGAUGCCACAAAGCCCACUGUUAAAGAGGUAACUAAAGUGACAUCUAAGUUAACUUCUAGUGAGGCUGCAAAAGUCACUCCCAAAGUGGCCCCAAAAGAUAGCCCCAUAAUAACUCCCAGAGAAAGUCCUAAAGAGUCACCUAAAGAUAGCCCUAAAAUAACCCCAAUUGAGAGUCCUGUCUCAACCCCUAAAGAAUCCCCCAAAGAUUCCCCUAAAGAGUCCCCUAAAGUCAUUGCUAAAGAGCCCCCACAAGCUAGCCCCAAGGUGCCCCCAAAAGACACCCCUAAAGCAGCCCCAACAGAAGCCCCAAAAGUGGCACCCAAAGCUGCCUCUAAAGAUGCCCCUAAGGAAACCCCCAAAGCAGUUCCUAAAGACAAAUUCCCUGAACUGGACGUCAAUCAUGGCUUUCACCAGGCCCAGAAUAAGUCUACAACUAUGUACCGCAGUCAGAGUGAGAUCCGAACAGAGAAGGUUGAGGAGGUUCCCAAGUCUUGGAGCAGUAGGCUCAGCAUAGAUCUAAGUGAGAAGUCCUUUGGUUUUGGCUUUGGCUCGACACUGCAGAGGGCUAAGUCAGCUCUGGAAGUGGUUUGGAAGUCCGGCUCUCAGAGUACCCCUGCUCCUCCUGAGGAGCCCACCAACUCCUCUUCAUCGUUUAUGGGGCGUUUCCGCACCCUGUCCACCUCCACUGUAAAUAACUCUAGUACUACAGUAGACACAGAGCCUGUCUUCUACAAGGCAGAGGAAGAGAAAACAGGUGCAGAUGCAGAUGCUGGUGAACAACCUGUGGACAGUGAGACCCACUAUGUUGAAGUGAUGGAGCAGGUAUUAGCUAAUUUGGAGAACAGAACUAAUGCUAAUGAGACACAGGAGACAGAUGAGCCUGCACAGGAGUGUGAGACUUCUCAGGACUAUGAUGUGUCUGAUGACAUUGAGGCAUCUCAUGCCUCUCAGGAUUUUGAGGCUUCUCAAGAUUUUGAAGCUAGAGAGGACUUGGAAACAAGUAAAGAGACACAUGUUCUGGAGUAUGAUUGCAGUUUGGAUGAGCCGUAUGAUGAAGAGUACAGUGAGGACACUGCUGAGUAUGACGCAAUGGUGGAGUAUGUGGACGUAGAAGAACCAGAUGAGACUGAGGACAAUGAUGUGACUGAGGAGAUGGAAGAGGGUGAUGAGGAGUUAGAGGAGGUAGAUGAGAUAAUUGAGGAGGCUGCUGAGGUCUCUGAAAAAGUGGAGCAACAGCAGGAGGAUGAAAACAAAAAUGUUCCAGAGGAGAAGCCCACAGAGGCCCCACCCAAGAAGCGUGUUCGACCCACAUUCAAGGAAGCAGCACUCAGGGCCUACAGGAAACAGAUGGCUGAACUGGAGCAGCAGAUCCUUGCAGGGGAUGUUGCUGUCCACUCUCAUAUGGCAGAUCAGAUUCAGGCUCGAAUAUCUAUGGAAGGAUUUGCAAUCAGUCAUGUUAAAGUAUGUUACUUAGUAGUUUUGCUGUUUGAUUUCAGAACCUCCACACCUAUGAGCUUGUUUGCUGCCUGGUCUACCCACCCAGAGCUAGGUAGGGAGUACGGACAUACCUUAGUCAUCUCUGGGCGUCCAAACAUGCUGGCGGCUAGCUUCAGCCAAAGAAGCAGGACAGACCAUCCGCCUCGCUGUAACUUGGAUCCCAAACUGCUCGGCUUGCAGUCUGGAGGGGCUGGCAGUAUUCUUUAUGGUAUUGACAGCAUGCCAGAUUUACGUCGCAAGAGGACAGUGCCUCUUGUCCGAGACCUGGCUUUGACCCUCACUGCUCGAAAGGCAGGCAUCUCGUUCGCUCUGGUGAACCGGUCCACCCUGAAUAACGAGGACCUGAAACUACAUGUCUUCAAGAAGACUCUCCAGGCCUUGAUCUACCCAAUCUCAUCCACAACACCUCAUAACUUUGAGGUUUGGACGGCGACUGCACCCACCUACUGCCAUGAGUGUGAGGGGCUGCUGUGGGGCAUUGCCCGUCAGGGCAUGCGCUGCUCGGAGUGUGGCGUUAAAUGCCAUGAGAAGUGCCAGGACCUGCUCAAUGCAGAUUGUUUACAAAGGGCUGUGGAGAAGAGCUCAAAGCACGGGGCAGAGGACAAGACCCAGAAUAUUAUCAUGGCUAUGAAGGAGCGCAUGAAGAUAAGAGAGAAGAACCGUCCUGAAGUUUUCGAGUUGAUCCAAGAGAUGUUCCACAUCUCCAAAGAGGACUUUGCCACUCACCUGAAGACAGCCAAGCAGGCUGUGCUCGAUGGGACUUCAAAGUGGUCUGCCAAAAUCAGCAUCACAGUCAUGAGUGCACAGGGCUUACAGGCCAAGGAUAAAACUGGCUCCAGCGACCCUUAUGUCACCGUCCAGGUGGGCAAGACCAAACGCAGGACGAAGACCAUCUUUGGCAACCUCAACCCAGUCUGGGAUGAGAAGUUCUCCUUUGAAUGUCACAACGCCACUGACCGCAUCAAGGUGCGCGUGUGGGACGAAGACGAUGACAUCAAAUCACGGGUAAAGCAGCACUUCAAGCGGGAGUCAGAUGAUUUCCUGGGCCAGACUAUCAUCGAGGUUCGCACUCUGAGUGGAGAGAUGGAUGUUUGGUACAAUCUUGAUAAGAGGACAGACAAGUCUGCUGUAUCUGGUGCCAUUAGACUCAAGAUCAGCGUGGAGAUGAAAGGGGAGGAGAAUGUGGUUCCUCCUCAUGGCCAGUACACCUGUUUACAUGAGAACCUGUUCCACUACCUGACUGAGGUGAAGAGCAGUGGGGUCGUGAAGAUCCCGCAGGUGAAAGGGGACGAGGCAUGGAAGGUCUACUUUGAUGACGUGUCUCAGGAGAUAGUGGAUGAGUUCGCCAUGAGAUACGGAGUGGAGUCCAUCUAUCAGGCUAUGACGCAUUUCUCCUGUCUGUCCGCCAAAUACAUGUGUCCCGGUGUUCCAGCAGUGAUGAGCAACCUGCUUGCUAAUAUCAAUGCCUACUUCGCCCACACCACCACCACCACCACAACCACUGCCUCCGCUUCUGACCGAUUUGCUGCCUCUAACUUUGGAAGGGAGAAAUUUGUCAAAUUACUGGAUCAGCUGCAUAAUUCACUGAGGAUCGACCUCUCUAAAUACCGGGAUAAUUUCCCAGCAGGAAACCCAGAGCGUCUCCAAGAUCUGAAGUCCACUGUUGAUUUGCUGACCAGCAUCACCUUCUUCAGGAUGAAGGUACAAGAGCUCCAAAGUCCACCAAGAGCCAGUAUGGUGGUGAAGGACUGCGUAAAAGCGUGCCUGGACUCCACGUACAAAUACAUUUUUGAUAACUGUCAUGAACUGUACAAUCAACUCCUCGACCAGAGCCGGAAGCAGGACAUUUCCCGUGAGGAGCAGGGUCCAUCAAUAAAGAACCUGGACUUCUGGCCAAAACUCAUCACUCUCAUGGUGUCUGUAAUCGAUGAGGACCGGACGGCUUACACUCCAGUCAUAAACCAGUUUCCACAGGAGCUGAAUGUGGGCAAGAUCAGCGCUGAGAUCACGUGGAACCUCUUUGCCCUGGACAUGAAGUAUGCAAUGGAAGAACAUGACAAGCACCGCCUAUGCAAAAGUACAGAAUACAUGAAUCUUCACUUCAAAGUUAAAUGGUUUCAUAAUGAGUACGUCCGUGACCUGCCAGCCUUCAAGGGUGUUCCGCCUGAGUAUUCUCUGUGGUUUGAGCCGUUUGUCAUUCAGUGGCUUGAUGAGAACGAGGACGUUGCCAUGGAUUUCCUGAAUGGAGCAUUGGAAAGGGACAAGAAAGAUGGAUUUCAGCAAACCUCAGAGCACGCCCUCUUUUCUUGUUCGGUGGUGGAUGUGUUCACUCAACUAAACCAGAGUUUUGAGAUUAUCAAGAAGUUGGAGUGUCCAAACCCACAGGCUCUGGCUCACUUCAUGUGCCGCUUUGCAAAGACUAUCAACAAAGUUCUUCUGCAAUAUGCCGCAAUCAUAUCCAAGGACUUUCCUUUGUAUUUGAGUAAGGAGAACGUGCCCUGCAUCCUCCUCAACAAUAUUCAGCAGCUCCGUGUCCAGCUGGAGAAGAUGUUUGAGUCCAUGGGAGGCAAACAGCUGGAUGCAGAGGCCAGUGAUCUGCUAAAGGAGCUGCAGAACAAACUCAACACGGUGCUGGACGAGCUCAGCGGAGUGUUCGGCUCCAGUUUCAAACCUGUGAUUGAGGACUGUGUGAAGCAGAUGAACCAGGAGCUGGUCCAGAUGAAAGGUCCGGCCAAGGGGAGCAACGCUGCCAUGGAUGCAGAGACCGUGCUACGGCCUCUUAUGGACCUUCUGGAUAAAAAUUUGAUGUUAUUUGCCAAGAUCUGUGAGAAGACAGUGCUGAAACGAGUCCUCAAAGAGCUAUGGAAAAUUGUGCUGAACACCAUCGAGAGAACAAUUGUUCUGCCUCCGCUGAGUGACCAGAGUGUGACUCAGAUGAUCUUCAGCGCUGCCAAGGACUUGGGACAGCUGUCCAAGCUGAAGGAGCACGUAAUUCGAGAGGAAGCCAGAAGUCUGACUCCACGCCAGUGCGCAGCCAUGGACCUUGUGCUUCCCACCAUCAAGCAAUACUUCCAUGCUGGAGGAAAUGGGCUGAAGAAAACCUUCCUCGAAAAGAGCCCCGAUAUGAAGUCCCUCAAAUAUGCUCUCAGCCUUUACACUCAACCUACAGAUGCCUUGAUCAAGAAAUAUAUAUGCACCCAAACCUCUCAAGGUCAGUCAUCCAACGGAUCGGUGGGGGAGGUGUCGAUGCAAGUGAAUCUCAUCUCUCACCCUGGCACUGGAGAGCACAAAGUCAGCGUGAAGGUGAUCGCAGUGAACAACCUCAUCUGGCAAACCAACGCCAUGUUCCGUCCGUUUGUGGAGGUCAACGCCGUGGGACCACACCUGGCUGACAAGAAGCGCAAAUUCAGCACCAAGACCAAGAAUAAUAAUUGGUCACCAAAGUACAAUGAAACAUUCCAGUAUGUUCUGAGUAAUGAACAUGGUCCAGAGGCCUACGAGCUGCAUGUUUCAGUAAAGGACUACUGCUUUGCCCGCGAGGAUCGCAUCAUCGGCAUGACGGUCAUCCAGCUCCGAGAGCUGGCGGACAUGGGCAGCUGCUCCGCCAGCUACCCCCUAGUGAAAAGCAUCACCAUGGACGAAACGGGCCUCACCAUCAUGAGGAUACUCUCUCAAAGGACCAACGACGAGGUGGCCAAAGAGUUUGUGCGUCUCAAGACAGACACACGCUCGGCGGAGGAAGUGUCGUAA